CUAUGCGGUUUUGUCCCAGUUGGAAGGAGAGAGGUGGUUGAAAGUUGAAUAAAAAACUUUCAUUUUUACGAAGUAGCAAAAGGAUAGCUAAGUUCAUGUUUCUAAGGGGGAUGACAGCUUUGUGGGUGGCUAAGGGGAUUGAGGAUUGUUUAGAACUUAACUGCCAUGAAGGUUUCUUUAGAGAGCUAAGGAUGGGUAAUGGAGUUUUUAGCAUUCAACAUCAUGUUAAUGCAAGGGGCAGUUUUCUGCAGUUCUCUGAAUUCCGAAAUGGAAGGAGGAAAGGUUUAUUGGUGAUUCCGGAGGGCGCAAAUGACAUUGGAUGGAAAGACUUUCUGCAGUUCAUUUUAAGUGUCAAUGAAUCCAAAGCCACUUUUAGAAGCGGGGAGUUUGUUGAUGGAAAAAUAGUGGGAAGGCCUUCUUCAAUCAAAGGUGCUUCGUACGCAGCGGUGUUGAGGUCAUUGGCGGGUAGUCAGGCCAAGAUCAGCUCAGCGGUAGAAAGAAAGGGCAUUGCACUUGUAGGAGACAAAAGACCUCAGGUGACAUUGAGAGAGUUGGAGGGAGUCUUGUAGGAUGUC